AUGCGUUUAUUCGUUGGUUACAAAUCAUCAAAUCAAAGCUUUAAACAAUUAGAAGUAGAAACCGAAAGAGGUGAUGCCGGUUAUCUUCAGAUGGAUUGCGCCCGUGAAUCUUUCGCAUUUGCAACAUAUAAACCAAAAUCAGAAAGGAAAGUUAAAAAGUUUGUUCAUUCGUUAUAUAAUAAUGUUCAAAAAUAUGAUAACUCAGUAUGUGGUAAAUAUAUUGACCCUUCAGAAGUUUUCAAGAAAGCAAAUGAAGAAGUUGAUGUCACUUUUGAUAUGAUUAUUCCGGUAAAUGAUUUGUUAGCAUUUCAGGCGUUCGAUGAUUAUCCUAAAUCAUUUGGUGAUAUCAUUCUUAAAUAUUAUGUUUUCAGGGAUACUUUAGUAUUUUGUCAGGUUGACCCGUUAAGAGUUGCUGAUUUACAAAAUUACGUUUAUGAAAAGAUAACUGAUGAAAAUU